GCUUACCUCAAUAUGUAAGUACAUUAGCAAUGCCACUACCCGAAGCACGAGUGAUCCUUCGCAAUGUUGGAUCAUAAUUCAUGUAGGUAAGCUUGUUGGCAACAUGAUUCAUGUAUGCUGGGCGAGAGUUGCCUACUCUAUGUUCAGAUAUUCAUGGUGAACCGCUACUAUUGGGAUACUCCUUCGCCCUGCAUGAAAAUUUAUUCUAAUGGAUCUGCCUCCGGAAAUCAUUGGCGCUGUACAUCUUGAUAGUGGAAAGAACUAUGAAAGAACAUGGAAGAUCGUAGGAACAUUGGAGCGUUGGAAACACUCCCGCGCUUUUCGAGAAAGAUGUCGCAACUACUCGGGAAGACGCUUACUAGUAUGCCAGAAGCGCCGAAUGAAAGCGAGAGAUACAUUAUUGCUCAAUGUCACAGUGGCUUGGAUGCACCUGAAGCGAGUGCUCAUCCAUUGGUGUCAGAUGUGGUCAUUGGCGGGGCUCAAAUAUGUUCAAAAAGCUGGAAAGUAGCAUGCGGAAGGAGCACUCUUGUAUGAGAGGAGACGAUCGCUUAGCGUCAUACCUCGAAACUGAAAUAAGGAAAUGCGGCUCGAAUGGCCUGCCCUCCCCGACGGAAACUUCUUAUACGGAAGGUAUCGGAUCCGAAUUGAUGGGAUGCGCCGAUCGUCAAAACGUCAAAAUCUGCCAGGAUCUCUCUGCAUCGGAAGUGGUGACUCGGUGGUUCUGUCUCGAGAUGCUAUUCGACGUUGGCGAUCAGGAAAAGUCUCUCAUCUGAAACAGCCCAUGAAAGAUCUCUCAGAGACUGGGGCUUUCACAUUGAUCGAAAGCGACGCACAAGACAUCGCAUAUCGGAUAAGAUUGCAGAGAUACUACAUCAUGGCUCUCUACCAUAAGCGUAGCAGAGCCUCUGCACCGUCUACAAGUGGAUUUCUCGCCAUGAACAACAAUGAGGACUGCGAUAACAGAAAACCUGGAAAUUCUCUGUACAAAUCGGAGGCUGAUAUGGCCAAAAGCAUAUUGAAAGGAAUUGCGCCAGGUUUUGAGUCAGAAUCUCCGGUAUACCAACACAAAUUUGAUCACAUCAAGUCACGUCGGAUUCGCGGCAAGGGGUAUCCCACAUUGUUCACCUACUUCGGUCCAGGAAUACUUGCUUUGAUACCCUCCACGGAUCAACCCGGUCAGAACCGGAUAGGCUUAUCCGAAAACGGGUAAGUGAAGCAAGGAAUAACGGUAGCAUGUCUUAUUAAUAGGAGAGUGGUGAGAUUUUCAGUCAUCCAAAAGAUCUCUGCAAUCUUAAGAAGCGUGUUUGGUCCAUCGCCAUGCCUCCCUCCUCCUCUGGUAUUCUUCGCUCCGGAGUUCUGGCUAUGCGCAGGCAUGAAAAGGAAUAACAAUGCAGGAACCGUAGAGAUAACAUAAUUUUGAGCAUCGUUUACAAUAACUCAGGCUUGAGGUUCGAGCGCCCUCGUCUGCUAUUAGCAGACUUUUUUUCGUUACGUGAUAGAAAAAAUGCGUACAACCCGACUAACAACUAUGCCUUCCCGUCGCUAACAAGACUUCGUGUCUUCUAAGGGCUUCAUGAGCGGUGGUAUCCGCUUUAUACAUCACCAUGAUUGCUGUGGAAGAGGGCGCGCACCAAUUUUUCACCAAAAGCUUAGGAAAUGUGUUGAACGUGUGAUUUGACUUGGCAACGGAGGAUAAAACUCAUUCCUUUAUUUUUGGGCAGAUGGACUAGUCUUCCCAUAGAUAACAAUAGCUAUUAAUCGAUCAUAAGCUGAUUCCGGAAUAGGAAAUUAAGCAUCCAAGUCUUCCUAACCACUCGAAUAGGGAUAGCGUGGUACGGCAGCCUUGCAGGUGAAACUACUGGCUCUCGAGAACGAAAACCCUCCGAUAGCAAAUGCGGCCAGCGAGAGC